AUGGCGAGUUGUUGGCUAUGGCCGCCAGCAACCUUACCGAUGCUGCAGGGUACUGGUUCUGGACAUUUCUCCGACAGCAGAAGAAUCAGCUAUUGUACUGUUAAAUCUCUGAGGAAUCCCAAAUUCUCUACUUCCGUUUCGCGCUUCAGAAUCCGUUGUAGUUCCAACGAGGACAGAAAUCAACCGGGCCCAACUGGAAUUCAGCUCUACAGAGAUAUUGAGAGAGUGCUUACAGAAACUGUGAAGCAAUCUCAAGGUGACUGGGGGAGUUCAGGUGACUGGACUGAGAGUGAGGGUGCAUGGAUAUUGAGACCAAGAAACUCAAAGCCAGAAUUGAUUGUACAUUUCAUUGGUGGUAUAUUUGUUGGGGCAGCCCCACAGCUUACCUACCGUUUGUUCUUGGAGCGCCUUGCAGAAGAAGGUGUAUUGGUGAUCGCAACACCGUAUGCCAGUGGAUUUGACCACUUCCAUAUUGCAGAUGAAGUGCAGUUUAAAUUUGACAGAUGUCUUCGUUUUCUUCCUGAAAUUGAACAAGGUCUACCUAGUUUUGGCAUUGGUCAUUCUCUUGGAUCUGUCAUUCACCUUUUGAUUGGUUCAAGAUAUGCUGUGCAAAGAAAUGGGAAUGUGCUGAUGUCAUUUAACAAUAAGGAAGCAAGUGUGGCAGUUCCAUUGUUCUCACCUGUUCUUGUACCAAUGGCUCAGAGCAUUGGGCCGUUAUUAUCACAGAUUGCUGCAUCACCAUCCAUACGCAUGGGGGCAGAGAUGACUCUUAAGCAAUUAGAGAAUCUUGGCCCCCCCAUCAUGAAGCAGGUUCUUCCUCUAGUUGAGCAACUGCCACCUUUAUAUAUGGACUUGGUUAAUGGAAGGGAAGAUUUUAUCCCGAGGCCGGAAGAAACUAAGCGAUUGAUAAGGUCCUACUAUGGGAUUUCGAGAAAUCUAUUGAUAAAGUUCAAAGACGACAUGAUUGAUGAAACACCGAUUCUAGCCCAAUUGCUUAGCUCAGAUGCUGCUGUCAGUUCAAUGCUUGAUAUGUCCAUCCGUUCACUACCUGGGGACCAUGGUCUGCCUCUACAGCAGGCUCUGCCAGAUGUUCCCCCAGCCAUGGCGGAUGCUGUAAAUCGCAGUGGAGAACUUUUGGCCUCUUUAACUGCAGGGACACCGUGGGAGUCCUUUGCUAAAGAUUUCAGCACUACGAUUGGCUUGGAAUCAAUAAAUAUUCGUGCAGACAUCUCCAAGGACGUGGAUCUCCUUGUCAAUGUAAUAAUGUCAUGGAUGAGAGGAAACACAAAUUUGAGAGCUUUGAAGCCCUGA